UUUUUCUUUUUUUCUUUCUUCGUCCCCCUUGCUCCCCACCACCCCCACCAUAAUAUAUAAACCCACACUCUUCCAACCACUCUCCACACUGAGUCCACUCCCACACUCUUGAAAUUCAAUUCCCUCCCAAACCCUAACACCUCCAUCUCCAUGGAUUCUCGCGACUCCUCCCCUUGCUCCCGCGACCCCGACGCCGCCGACAACCACCACCACCACCGCCGCCCUUCCUUCGACGACGCCCCUCCCAAGGUCAAGCUCAUGUGCAGCUUCGGCGGCCGCAUCCAGCCCCGCCCCCACGACAACCACCUCACCUACGUCGCCGGCGACACCAAGAUCCUCUCCGUCGACCGCCACGUCAAGUUCCCCUCCCUCAUCGCCAAGCUUUCCUCCCUCGCCAACAACGCCCUCUCCAACCAUUCCUUCUUCAAGUACCAGCUCCCCGGCGAAGACCUUGACGCCUUAAUCUCCGUCACCAACGACGACGACCUCCACCACAUGAUGAUCGAGUACGAUCGCCUCUCCCGCUCCUCAUCUAGACCUGCGCGCCUCCGCCUCUUCCUCUUCCCCCUCCACAACAACAACAACAACAAUUUCGCUCCAACCGAAUUGAAAUCCGAGCGCCAGUGGUUCGUCGACGCUCUCAAUUCCGUUCACGUUCCAGAAGAUUCUCCGGCUCCGCCGCCGACGGCGAAUCCGGAUUUUCUGUUCGGCCUCGAGAAGCCACCGGCGGAGGAUGCUCCGGCGAAGGAUUCGGAGUGUUUUCCCGAGGAUCGUGAAGCCGAACCUGAGAUUCAGAAUGAGAAUAACAAUGAGCAACGGAAAAUGAAGACAGAGGAAGAUAAUGAUAACGGUAGGGUUUACGGUGUUAACGGCGGGGACUGUUUUGUUCAGAAGAACGCGGAGAAAGUGACGCCGUUAGUGGCGCAUUCGCAUGCACACACACACGCGCAAUUCGUUCAUCCUGGUUCGGUUACUGGAACUGGAACAGGAACGGUGUCGUUUAUGCAGGAGAGGAGUAAUAACGCGGGUUAUUCGUUGGCGGUUCCUACUACGGGGAAUGAGAUUUAUCUCAUUCACACGCCUUCUGGAGUGUUUCAAGCGGUUCGGCCCGUGACUGGACCGGUUGGGCAGCCGGUUUAUCUGGUUCACGCGCCCGGUCCGGUUUCGCAUUCGGAGCUUGGAGCGCCGGUGGGACGCGGCGGCGCGCGGUGGUGACGGGAGGAUAUAAAGGUCGUUUGAUUUGUUCGUUUUUGUGGCAUAGUGCGGGGUGGUAUUGGUUUUUCAGUUUUUUUUUUUUUACUUGUUUGGAAAUAUUGGUUUGGGCAUUGUGUCUUGUGCAUAGGUGGUGAAGUGAAGGGAUUCAGUUGAGGAAUUGUUUGUAGAAGUGUAAUUACUUUCAAAUCAGUAACAUUGCUGCUUUUCGUAUCAGUGAUUGAUUAACUAAUUGUCUC